AUGACGAGGAUUGGAAGCGAGAGUGAGAGCGAGGGUGAGGGCGAGGGCGAGGGUGAGAGCGAGGGCGAGAGCGAGGGCGAGAGAGAAAUUCUCCUGUACCCCGCCCGGUGCCCGCCCCGCCUCCUAGUCCCGCCCCCAAGGCCCGGAAGCAAAAGCCGCUUGGUCUAGUCUCAGCGGGGUCACGACCAGACCUCCAGAAGCAGGGAUUCCGGGAGUGCGGGACCGUCAGCGGGGCAAGGUAGCCCCCGAUCCCGCACUAUGCGCCGGAACCUGCGCACCGCGCUCAUUUUCGGCGGCUUCGUCUCCUUGCUCGGUGCUGCCUUCUACCCUAUCUACUUCCGGCCCCUAAUGCAGCCGGAGGAGUACCAGAAAGCACAAGUCAAGAAUCGGGCUGGGAUUGUUCAGGAAGAUGUGCAGCCGCCAGGGUUGAAAGUGUGGUCUGAUCCAUUUGGCAGGAAGUGA